GUAAUUGGUUGUGUUGCAGUACCAGUUGUACAACAGCAGGGGCGUGGCCAGACAGUACACGGGUGCAGGGGGGCGGGGCGAUCCGUUUGCCCAGCACCAGCUGGUGUCGUCCAUCUUGUGUCCACCGGGCGCCUACCAGUCGAUGGCGUCCCCCGCCAAGCAUGUCACUGUGGUCGCCGCAGCUCCGCCCCCCCAACAGCAGCCUCCCCAGCUCCAGAUUCAGCCGCCCAUCAUAUCACAACAGUACGUGCCGGUGUCAAUGGUGGACGGCAGCAGUGGGCGUGGCCAGCAGAUGCUAGGCUGGGGCCAAGCGGCGGCUGCGGCUGCGGCGGCGGCUGCAGCAGCGGCUGCUGCGGCUCGUGGCCAGAUGGCGGCCAUUGUGCCGAGUUGGGCUGCGGCACCGCCCCCUCCACCCCCGCAGCCGCAGCAGCAAGAUGCCGCCGACUGGGCUAGGCCUCCCCUCCUCGUCGACUCAUCCAGUCUCAUACAGGACCAGCGGCAAGCGGCCGUAUUUGCGACAGAGGUGUACGACAGUCUGGUUGACUCGCCUCAGUCGGGCGCCUGGUCAAAGAGAGGCGGUGGCGGAGUGGGGGGUGGUGGUGGCAAAUACACAACUGUGCAGCAGCAACCGCCCACAUCGGGUCACCACCACCAUCAUCAUCACCACCACCACAACCACCACCUGACGGUGCCCACCAGGGGUCACCACCAGGGUGGCGGUGGCGACAAGAAGGAGGCCACCCAUCUCAGUCCCGUCAAGAAGCGUGUCAAGGAGGGCACACCGCCUACUGCCCUGCGUCACUGGGAUGCGCCUCUACAG